AUGCCAUCUCCCUCCCUCUUCAACCCUCCUGCUGGCCAGCUGCACGUCCGUUGCGACUCCAAAGACGUCCUCCGCCACGGAUUACCCGUCGCCCCGUGCAUACAUACCCUCAAAGCCGCCCGCCCUACGCGUCGCACAGCGUCCGCCCUCGACAACGUCAUUCAGGUACGCCGCCCAGCCACUUCACCACCCUCCACUACCCUGCCACGCGCCCCCCCAGAGAGGGCACGAGACAAAAAGUUUGAAUCCUGUGCGCUCGCGCUUGCGCCUGCGGUGGCGGCAGCGCCCGCCCCUCGUCCGGCCCGGCAGCAAACCUGGCCUUGCCGAUGA